CGGGCGAGGGCCGCGGCGGAAGCGGAACCGGAAGCGGAAGUGGCGCUGCGGGGCCGCUCCGUGCGGGCGCGAGGAGCCGCGGGCCGGGGCCGCGCGAUGGGUGCCGCCGCGGUGCUGGGGGCCGCGCUGUGCGCCCUGCUGCUGCCGCCGGUAACUGCAGAUGAGGGGAUCCUGCAUGCGUCUGGAAACAGUGUGCCUCCAGUAACAAAGGAUUACUGCAUAAUUUACAACUCUAAGUGGAUAUCGCUUCCAAAGAACCUGGACAAUGCUAAUUACACGACGCUGGAAAACCUGACUUCUACGGUACUCUGUGAUUCUUCUGAAGUUCCUGCUGGCUCAAUGAAGGAUAAAGCAGUUGCUGUGAUGAGAGGAAACUGCACUUUUUUGGAGAAAGCCAGAAUUGCACAAAAUUUGGGUGCUAAAAUGCUGUUAAUUGCCAGUAAAGCUAGGCUGUCUCUUAUUUCAGAUAACAAGACUGAUUUUGAAAAUGUGACUCUUCCACUUGCCCUUAUACGAUAUAGUGACAUAGUAGAUAUGCAGCUGGUGCUUGGAAAUGAAGUUAAUGUGACUAUGUAUUCACCACCUUUGCCAGAGUUUGAUUGCAGUAUGGUUGUCAUCUUCCUGAUUGCUGUGUUUACAGUGGCGCUGGGCGGUUACUGGAGCGGAGUAGCAGAACUUGAGAAUUUGAAAGCAAUAUCAAGUCCUGGGGAGAGAGAAACAAGAUGGAAGAAGGAAGAAAAUGUUACUUUCACUCCUUUAACAGUUAUCUUGUUUGUCGUCAUCUGUUGUGUCAUGCUGGUCUUACUUUAUUUCUUCUACAAAUGGUUAGUGUAUGUAAUAAUAUCAGUCUUCUGCCUGGCAUCUGCGAUGAGUCUAUACAACUGUCUUGCGGCACUGAUAGGAGAAAUACCCUUUGGGCAGUGCAGGAUUGUGUGUUGCAACAAAAACAUCGAAGUGAGACUUAUUUUCCUUGCUGCAUUCUGCAUAGCAGCAGCUGUUGUUUGGGCAGUGUUUCGAAACGAAGAUAGGUGGGCUUGGAUUCUGCAAGAUAUUUUGGGAAUUGCUUUCUGCCUAAACUUUAUUAAAACACUGAAAAUGCCCAACUUUAAGUCCUGUGUGAUACUUCUAGGCCUUCUCCUUCUAUAUGAUGUGUUUUUUGUCUUCAUAACACCAUUUAUCACAAAGAAUGGGGCAAGUAUAAUGGUUGAAGUUGCAGUUGGUCCCUUUGGAAACAGUGAAAAGAAUGAUGGAAACUUGGUGGAAGUCCCUACUGAACGCUCAGCUCCCCAUGAGAAACUACCUGUGGUUAUUAGAGUGCCUAGACUUGAAUACUCUGCAUCGACACUGUGUGACCUGCCAUUUUCAUUGUUGGGUUUUGGAGACAUUAUUGUCCCAGGGCUUCUGGUUGCCUAUUGCCGAAGGUUCGAUGUUCAGACAGGGUCAUCUUCUGUAUACUACAUUUCGUGUACAAUAGCUUAUGCUGUUGGUAUGGUGCUGACUUUCGUUGUUUUGGCAUUAAUGAAGACGGGACAACCUGCCCUUCUCUAUCUUGUACCAUGUACGCUCAUUACCAGCUUGCUUGUCUCUUGGAAGCGCAAAGAGAUGAAGAAGUUCUGGAGAGGAAAUAGUUACCAGGUAUCGGACUCCUCCAGGACGCCUUUGCUACAAGAUGAUGGAACACCUGGAUUAUACAGGAAAUGAAGACAAAACAGCAUCAGCCAGUGAACAGCUUGGAGGACAAUAACACAUAGGAUCCUGCUUUCGAAUAGUUAUUCAAAUUUUCUACAAAUUAAUUACAGUAAAUUUGGUGAAGUUUUGCAAUAGAGCAUUUCCUACUCUGUGUAAAAGGGUUUUUUUACUCCUGCACCUAUAUUUUUAUGGGAAAUAUUGUUAAUAACAUAAAACUAAUCGAAAUAGACUUGCAUUUUUACAGCCAAACCAUAGCUAGUACAACCGUGCCUUAUUUCAAUUUAAAUAAAAGGAUAUUUUCUAUGCAAUUUUCCAAACGUGUUUUUAUACAGUAUAUUUUUCUUGUGAAAAGUUUCCUGCCCAUAUCCGUUUGACGCAUGAAAUGUUUUCAUAAUUUUGAUUAAGACUAGUCAAGUUUCAUUAAAAAAAGUCCAGUACCCGUCAUAGGAUUUCUUUCCAGAUUUUGAAUGCAAAGAUUGAUAGCAACUAAAGAACAAAACUUUAGUUCCAUUACUGCAAGAAAUGGAAUAAACAGCAUGUAUGUUCAUUGUAAGUCAUAAAAUAAAUGACAGGGCAAAUACAGGUGGGGUUGUGAGCCCUCUGGCCCACAAUUUCACGCCUUAAUUGUGAAAUCUGUUAAGCUUUGAUGCAAGUCUCUGGAUCAGACAUAUCGCAAACCAUUUCCAGAAACAUAAAAGCGGGGAGGUACUUGCAUGGUGGUCCUGGAACCUUCGGUGCAGCUCCUGACAAACGAGACUGAAAAGCUGAAGAGUUUUUGCUUGAGAAGUGCUAUUUGGAAGGGUGGGGUGAAAAUUUACCUCUGGCCUGGUUCUUCUACUGCCCAUUGAGAAUAGGUCUCUGUUUGUCAUUGGCUGUGGGUCAGAUUAAAGGGAUAGGAAGAAACAAGACCGAUUUUUUUUUCUUUUUUUUUUUUUUUUUAGGCUUUUGCAUCUACGCUGUACUUUUUGUAAAAAAAGAAAACAAGAAUUUUUGAUAAUUCAUUGCAACUGAUAGGCAAAACAACAGAUUUGAUUAGUGCUGGUAGUGCCUUUUAGUUAAGGCCAGUGCAUGUCUUUAACUUGUUUAAUCUUCAUUUGUUUUAGCUUUUAAAGACUUGGAGAAGAAGAAAUAGUUUAAAUCAUUAGUUUGCAUUUAGAAGUGUUUGAGUUUGUUUGACACUUUCUUUUUUUUUUAGGAAACUGCAAAAUGAGGGGGAUUAGGCAUAGAAAAUUUGUAUAGCUGUCAUGCUAACACUUUACACCAAAGAAAAUUGGCGAAGGCAACAACAGGAAACCACUGAGAUCACUUAGUGCUAAUGUCAGGUAGUCAUUAAAACAUUUUUCCUAUUCUUUAAAUGAAUGUCAUUCCUAUGAUCAAUACAAGGUCAAGAACCUGAGAGAAAACAACCGAAUAAGCACCUGCUGGGCAGUGGCAAUGCUGGCUUUCCUGCAAUGCCUCACGUAAGUGCCUCAGUGUUAGUCUGAAGGUCAGCUCUAGACAUUUACGGUUAGUUUGGGGCAUGUAGGCUCAGGAAGUCUUGCCAGAUUAGAUCUAGUUUAGCUAGAUUUACUUUGGAAGUAUGCUAAUUAAGACAAUUGAAAAUCCGUAUUGGCAGUUAACAAAGGCUCACUGCAAAUUCACUGCUUUACAUAAUUUAUAUCAGGUUUAAACUUUUGUUGGCAAGAGUCGGGAGCAGACAGACUUACAGCCCGAGUCCUGGUUGUUUUCACUGAUCCGGGUAAGAUAACCAUUUUGUUUGCAACUUGCCUAAGAAAACAAAUUACAGACAGUUUUCAGGUGUUAGUAGCUGUCCCUCUUGCCUUUCUGGACCUAAGCUGGAACUGACAGCCUCAGAAUACAGGGAUCUUGGGCACCAGCUUGAAUUUUUAUUUGAGUGGCACUUAAUAAUAAAUUACAGCAUACCUCCGUGUUCCAACAGCAGACUGAAAAGUUGUCUUCUGAUGUGUCCUCAUGGUCUUUGUUGAGCCCAGUAUCUGCCAAAGUUAAAUAAUGGAGAAGAAGUUUCUGAAAAUUUCUCAAAGAGAUAAAGAAGUCAUAGCUCAUUCAAAGUCACACACUACUCAAAGCCCUCAGAAGCGUCAGAAUCUAUGUUAUAUGACUCCUUUUUCUCUUUGAAAUCUUCUGCAUUGAGGAUUUAUUAAAUUUUCAGCUAUAAAUGGUAAUGGAAUUAGUGUAAACAAAGAAGACCUUUGGCAACGUAAGUGUAUUCAGCAGCUGGCUGUGGAAACUCUGUCUUGUUCUGUGUUGAAUUGUGCUCCGUGCCUGAUCAUGCCUGAGGUUUUACACACACGUGCUGCAGUUUAAUGGGAUGUAAACUAACUUUUUUUUUCCUUUGAAAUGCUUAGGUGCUUUGUUUACAAGAAUUAAGAAUGGAGUUUAAAAUUUUAUAUAAACAAUAGGUUAGUAUUGACUACUGAAGUGAGUUUUUUAUAAGUUCAAUAGAACUGAUUGCAACACUUUUAGAGAAUUUGAAUGUUUUUAAUAUUAAAUUUGGUUGGGCUAAACACUGUGUUAAAAGCCUUUUUAGCCAUACUUUAAUAUAAAAAUCUUACUACUUUUUUAUUGUAUGUUUACUGACAACAGU